AUGUCCUCAAGAAAUAGAAGUUUUGCGAGGAAUUAUUUUACCAAAAUUUCGUUUGAUAAAGCCAAAUGUGAUAUGUGCUUGGUUAUACUGUCAAUCAAAGGGGGCUCAACCACUAACCUGAUUAGACAUACCAAAACUAAACAUCCAGGUGUUGAUCUAGACAAUUUAAAGAAAAAGGUUCCACGGAACUCACGUUCCCCAUUAACUUUACCUGGCGAUACAGAAGUUGAAAAACAAAAUCAAAAGGAGGAUUCUAAUACUCAAGAACCCUCAACUUCUACUGCAAAUGUAAACAAAUGGCCUAUUUCAAUGAAUAAUAAGAAUAAGAAUGAUACUACGACAGCAACUGCUGUAGCCAUUACAACCGACGGAUGGACCUCAUUGAGUAAUUACUGUUAUUUGGCAUUAACAGUACACUUCAUAAAUGAAAAUUGUGAGCUGCGAACAUUUUUAUUAGAUUGCUUUAAAUAUAAUGAAAGGCAUACUGCUGAAAACUUGGCAGCAGAAACAAAAAGGGUAUUAAUAGAAUGGGGAGUUUAUGAAAAAAUAGUAGCUUUAGUGACAGACAAUGCUGCUAAUAUGAGUGCCACUGCGCGAUUAGGUGGGUGGAAACAUUUACCCUGUUUUGCCCAUUCUAUUAAUUUAGUUGUACUAGCUGGUCUUAAAGAAAUACAUGAUACGCAUGUUAAAGUAAAAGGAAUAGUUGAAUUUUUUAAAAGAAGUCCGCAAUCUGCAGAAAAACUAAGAGCAGUCGAAGAGCAAAUGUGCUACUAA